AUGUAUCUCGGGAGCAAACAUGAGACAACAGCUGCAACUUCCACGACGCCAUCAUCGAUAACGACCACAGCAUUUUCAACAACCACAACGUCUCCUGCAACAGCACUGUUGCCCAUAGCGACGCAGGAGACGUAUCUAACCAUAGAGAGGCCGCUCUCUCGCCGUCAGUCGAGUCCGAGUUUAGUGAUAAAAGAACUGGCUGAGCAAGAGGACAUUGUCCAAGAGCUGGCCACCAGCUUGCAGGCCACCAAGCUGCUGCAUAAGUCGGCCAGCUGCAAGAGCGCAGAUCUCGAUAUUCAAAACUUUGGGGAGGGCAAGCAAUCCAAGAAAUCUCAUAGGUCGGCCUGGGGUCGGGUCAAGGACAUCAUUCACACUCGCAAAGACAGCAUCAAGAAAAAGCCCAAACGUGCAAAAACUGGCAUAGACAGCGAAGAAACCAGCGAGGCCGACAUGGAAGUGUUACUGGAGGACCACUGGGCAUCAGAUGUCUUUGACGACGGACUGCUCGGCCGGUCAACGCCCAAGUCAUCGCCAUUGGUAAGCAGACAGCAGAGCAGCAAGAGGGCCAGCGAUUCACUGCCUGGGGUUGCCGGCGCUGGUCCCAAAACCUCUCCCUCGAGAAUGUCCGGUCAGACAGCCACCGUUAGCCCCGGCAAUGUCGACAUGGCCACGCUGCUGGCCGGUAGCGUUAGUAGCGAGUUCAAUAAGAAGAUGCAGGAGUGGGAGCAGAUCAGGAGCAAGAAGGCCUCGUUUCGGGUGACCACUCAACUCUGCCCCCGGUGUCUACUUAACCCUGCUCAAGGUGACCACCUGCCCCCGGUGUCUACUCAACCCUGCUCAAGAUGCCCACUAAACCCCUCCCUAUAUGUCAGCUUAACCCUGCUCCUGGUGAUGGGCGUGAUGCAAGUUUCUAUUGUCUGGUCUCAGGUAGAGAGAGAGCAGGUGAAACUAGAGAAAGAAAAACAGCGCCUGGAGAAGGAACGACUGAGAACCCUGGAGCGUGAAGCCAAACUGGAAAUGCUGAAAGGAAGACUCAGCCAAGUAGACAUGGACGGCGGCCUGAGAAAGCCAGGUCUCAUUCCUCUAGCGGGUAGUCUAGAGAGAGCCAACAAAGAGCUGCUGGACAGUCUCCAGAAGAAGGAGUUGGAGUACGCUGCUGUCCAGGAGCAGGUCCAUCAGGUCAAUGAAAAACUGGCCACAGUCCGGGAAAACCAUACCACAGAGAUGGCGCGAUUUCACCGUGAGCUGGCCAGAGGCAGCUUGUCCGGUCCGGCGAACCUGCAGGUGGAGGAGCUAGAGACCACAGUUGGAGACCUGGAAGACAGGAUUCACAUGAUGGAGAAUUUGGGAGAAACACUGGCUUCUUCCAUGGAGAGUGCAGCUGUAUCAGACAGCCGUCAAACAGUGGCAAAGGAGGAAACAAUGUAG